CAACUUGGAACAUCUGCUGGAACAUUUAACACUAGAACUAUUUUUAUUGAUUGUUGUUCUGUUGUCCUGUAACAUUUGGAAUUAUUCAAACAGUUAUCUGUUACCAAUAAACCCUUUCUUGCUUUCUCAUGCAGGAUGUCAGCUGCCAACUGCUCCUUUGAUCCAAUCACUGAAAAGGAGUGGCUUUGUUCCCCAGAACAGAGGUGUGUCAACCUGACCUCUGGCGUGAAUGGCAGUCUCAUUGAUCUGGAUAAUGCGUGUCUGACAGAGGAAGAGUAUUUAGAAAAGUAUCUUGGCCCACGCCGAUCAUCUGUGUUCCUUCCCGUCUUCCUGAGCUAUCUGGUCAUCUUCUUGGUUGGCGUUGUAGGAAAUAUGCUGACUUGCACUGUCAUUGCUCGCAACAAGGUCAUGUGGACGCCAACCAACUACUACUUGUUCAGCUUGGCUGUGUCUGACCUGUUGGUACUGCUGCUCGGUAUGCCUUUGGAACUGUAUGAGCUGUGGCAAAACUACCCCUUUCUCCUCGGGAAGGGAGGCUGCUACUUCAAAACGUUCUUAUUUGAAACGGUCUGCUUGGCAUCCAUUCUCAAUGUGACAGCGCUGAGCAUUGAGCGAUACAUAGCCGUGGUCCACCCACUAAAAGCAAAGUAUGUUGUGACGCGCACCCAUGCCAAGAGGGUCAUUCUUACAGUGUGGGGCGUGUCAGUGCUGUGCUCUGUUCCCAACACAAGCCUACAUGGAAUCAGCAUCCUUCACAUUCCCUCCACCGGGCCAGCUGGAAACCGAAAUGAAGAGAUUCCUGACUCAGCCAUAUGCACGCUGGUGAAACCUCGCUGGAUCUACAACCUGACCAUCCAGCUCACCACCUUUCUGUUUUUCAUUCUUCCCAUGCUCACCAUCAGCGUUCUCUACAUGCUCAUUGGAUUGCAGCUGAAGCGUGAAAAGAUGCACCAAGCACUGGAGGCCAAGUCUGGGUUUGGACAGGAAAGUUUUUGUAAUAUCCGCACACGGCAACAGAAGAUACGGCGCCGGCAAGUCACAAAGAUGUUAUUUGUUUUAGUUGUUGUUUUUGGGAUCUGCUGGGCACCAUUUCACACUGACCGCCUCAUGUGGAGUUUCAUUAAUGAAUGGACUGACAGCCACAGGGAAAUCUUCGAGUAUGUGCACAUCAUCUCGGGAGUGUUUUUCUAUCUCAGCUCGGCAGUCAACCCAAUCCUCUACAACCUCAUGUCGACACGCUUCAGAGAAAUGUUCAAGGAGGUCAUGUGCCACAGGCAGCACAACAUCACGCCCAGGAAAAACUCUCUGAGUGUCACCCGGCUGACACUGCGCAGCACCCUCAGCGAUGCACCGCUCAGCAACCGAACCGCCGCUGUUGAAACCGAGGGCGGAGAUGGAGAACUCAGAAAGAAAGACGAGAUUACUGAAUCAAAAAAAUAUUAGCAAAAUGAUCUGAGGUCAUGUGCAGUGGUUAUGCCGUUUAGGAGGGCAUGUCUGUUCUGACCCCGUGCAUUCAUCAUGUGUAAUCUGCAGCCAUUAUCUACAGGUUUGUGUCAAAGUGGCAUCUGAGUGGAAGCAUUGUGGAAAAGGGUGAAUCAUUGCACAGAUGCUUUCAGACAGCGUGUGUUAUUUAUAGGAUGUCAUUAGGAAACUAUUGGACAAUGUAUUGUUCACCCAGCACUCAUACACUUACACAACCUCCUACCUUUUCUACAAACAUCUGUGAAAACCUUAAGUCAUUGAAAUUGUCAACCUUUGAAGUACGACUUGUGAAUGUACAACUACAUGUCUUACCCAGUAAAACUCUUUUAAAUGAUAAUUUGAUUAGUAAGCACUUUUUUCAAAAUAUUACUACAAAAAUAGCAUUUAAAAAAGCAAAAAUGUACAAGUUGGUACAGGUCAGUGAAAAGGUAAACAAAUAAACACACAAAAUGUGCUUAUCUUCAUUGUGAAUGUAUUAAACUCUAUGAUACGAUUUGAGAACUACACAGUAUACUUUAUUAAUGAAUAUAUCUGUCUAUUUUUGAUUCAUUAGAUGGUUGUUUGCUCCAGAAAAUGUCAUUUGUGUGCUUUAUUUUAUGUGUUUAUGGUCUGGCAGUAUAAAAGCACCAUUUUCCUUUUAUUAAAAAGCAGGUAAUUUCAGUACAUUUAGCUGUAUAAUAGCUGUUUCAUGGAUACAUUAUUUUUCAUGUUCUUAGCUCAGUGUCAAAUUACAAGAUUAUGUUGAAAACUUUAGCAUCUGUAUGAUGAAUGUAUUUAUAAACUACACAAAGAAAUGUUUGGGUGUAUGAAUGUGGGGGUAGAAAAAGGGUUUCGUUUUAAAAAAUGUGUGGCCCACAAAAGUUCGGUUAAUCAUAUUCAAUCAAGGUAAAAAGUUCAUAAGCUGUUGCAUUUAACUCAGUAAUUUAAAGCACAACUUACAUCAAAAGCCGUUCCCCUUUCACUGCAGCAUGUCAAAGCUCCUCAUAGUAGAGCAGGGUUCAUUGCAACUAAUUUGAAAGAUUCAUCUCAGUCUUUCAACAAAAUAGAAUAGGGGAUGUAACUCAAUAGAAUUGUUUUGUCAUCUAAAUUAAUCUUUAUUAUUACGGUUGCAGUGGGAUUUCUCUGACUUCCUAUAGUGAUUUCUAUAUGAAGUGCCACCGCUCCUAGUCAGUGCUGCUGCACGACUGUAGUGUAAACACCUUGGUGGGAAAAAGGAGUUUUAGAGGUUUGUUCAUAUAUCUGCAACCCUCAUUAAAAAAAACAAGUCAUUACUGGUUACAACAAUGAAAACAAUAAUCCUAAGAAAACUAGUUAUUUUUAAUUCUGUAAUAAACCUGAACAGAGUUUUUGUGUAAAUUGUAGUUGAAAAAAAUGAAAGGGUGUAUUUCAGAUGUCUGGAACGUAAGGAGAGCAAAACCAUCUCUCUCAAGCAUGGCUCCCACCAAACGUGUACUGAGCACAAGCAACAGUGCGUGUGCAAAAUAGAGCAGGUCUGACUGAAAGUGUUGCAAAGUAACUUUAAGUAGCUUCUGUUUACAUUGUAUUUAUCAGAGAGAUAAUUUAGAGAUUUGAGGAAUAAUCUAGCAGGAAAAUGUGUCAAAAGAGAAGAAAGGAAGCAAAAACGUUGCCAAAACAGCGUACUUCACGAGCGCUGAUAUUUUUAUAAUCUCUAAAUGAGUAUGUGAAUCCUAUUUCUAAAUUACUUGUAUUUUAUAGUUUUACAGAUUACAUGUCGAUUUUAUAAUCGUCUUCAAACCUUUUUCAGAUGUGUAUGCUUUGCGUGGGGCAACAAUUGAUGUCUAAAACUGCACCAAAACACCUCAAAACAGAACUAGUUGUUAAUUUAAAGAAAAACUAAAAGUGGUAGUUAAGUUUCAUUUUAAGAAAAGAAAAUUUCAAGUUACAUGAAAUGUCAUUCACUCUGGUUGCUGCCUGUGGCUUCCAGAGCAGUGCCACUGAAUUUCCCUCUAGAAACAGAACUGUAAUAUAGAUCCAUUUUGUAAGCUUGUGGUAAACAUCCACAAGUAUGAUGUCUCUUUAGCACCUAUAUUACUUAAAUGUGUCUGCUCUAUUUCUUGCCACAUAUUAUAGCCAGAGUCCCUCACUAAAUAAUAUUUUAAUGUGUUUAGGGUGGAACAUACACUUUGGCUUAAAUGAGAAAUAGGAAACAUAUUUGCAUUGCUUUGACACACACAUAUCACUCCAGGUGACGUCCUAUGGAGAGGUCAUAUCUGCAGAAGAUGUGACACAACAGAAAGUUAAAGUAGAAGGUUUUUUUUUUCAUGCUGCAAGUUUGGCUAAGUGUCACAGCAUCAGUGGUUAUUAGAAAACGGUUUUAUUUUUUUUUAGACCAGAAGACAUGUGGGCGUUGUAUGUGGGAGUUUGUGUAACUGGUUUAAUUGGGUCUGCAGAAAAAGUCCCGAAACACUUCAGAGUAUAACGACUGGCUGGAUUUCUUCCAGGAAAAAGGCCACUAUUUGAACUGCAGUGUGUAACUCCAGUACUUUCUGAGUCAGUUCAGUUUUCCCAAGUGUAAGAGCAAACUGAACCAAGUGCCAAAUGCUUUAACCCCUUUUCUCAUAAAAAACCCCUCUGGUGAGAGGCAACGCUGACUAAAUUACUUUAAAUUAACUUUUAAACCACUUUCCCAAAUUCAUCAUCCAGAAUACCAAAGUGAGCAGAGAAAUUUGUCAUGAAGAUGGGAGCUACAGACGGGGACAAGUAAUGAUGGUGUCUGGUGUAAAUCUGUACAUAUUCUGUGGGGCUCAGUGGACAAUGUAAAAAGUGUGCCAUUGUAUAUAGUCAAUAUUUGAACUCUGAGGAAUAUUUAUCCAUUGAACAUGUUGAUGACUGCUGCUUUUUCAGAACUUUUAGUCAUCUGAGUAGGUCAAGUAAACUGUAUUUCUAUUUCAAGUCUCAAACUCCUGCUUUGAUAAUGGACACUCAGCUGCAUGUGAUGGUUAUUACUGUAAUGUUUAUGUUUGAUCAUUUUACUUUGGAACGUAAAAGCACCAGUAAUGAUCUUCAGAUCUGUUUUUUUUUUCUUUUGGGUUCUUUUCUACUGUUCACGUCUUUUAGUGUGGUGGAUUUCUGUCAUAUGAUAUAUGUGUUUUAUGAUGAGAUCUUUUGUUUUGAAUGUAUUGUGUAAAAUUCACAAUCUCAGCACGUUCCUGGUUGCCAUCAUCGUUCCUGGCUUUGCAAAGCUUUUAGUCGUGAUGACAGCCAUGUUUAACUGGUGUUGAUCCCUGUUGUAUUUAAUAAACCUAUUGUUAUCCAAUUUAAUGCCUAUGGUGAUCCUUGGAUUUGCAUGUCUUAUACACUGAACAAAAACAUGAAUGGAGAUGUCCCCAGACCAACCAAAUAAAACAAAACGUCACAUUUUAGAGUGGGUUUUUUUUUGUGGCUACUCUAAGGCACACCUGUGCAAAACUCAUGCUGUCUACUCAGCAUCUUGAUACAGCACACCUGUGACAUGGAUGGAUUAUUAUUAUUUUUAAAAAGUCAUUAUCACCGACUUAGACAUCAUAGGUUUGUCAUCUCGUGAAAAAACGAGAGCAAAAACAAAAGUGUUAUGUUUAUAUUUUUGUUCAGUGUAUAUCAAUUGUCAAACAGGGUAAACGUGGCUUUCAAUCAGUCUAGAAUUGUACUGGUUACAUAAUAACUAAUACAACACUGCCAACAUUUAAAUCCCAAUUAAACCUUUGCAAACAGCUUUUUUUGUAGAAUAAAUGUAUUAUAUUCAUGCUCUAAAAAAUAAAAGACAUUUUACUUAUGUGCAUCAUUAUGUAGUUACCUGCAUGUGACUGUGGACAUGAGUCAUUUCUUAUUAUGAGACAACGACCACACUUUUACAGCA